AUGAGGUGUCGCCGGCCCCUGCGGACCGAGGUGGGCCUGGCUGUAGCCCUGAGCAUCUGCACCCUCCUCCUCCUCCUCUUCAGUCAGCACGUGUCACCACCCACCUUCCAGAGCCUGGAGGAGCCCCAGGGCCACCCCGAGGCUCUGGCCUGGCCGGCCCAGCCCUCCCGCCCACUGCCCACCCCCUGCCGGGCCAACACCUCAGUGGCCGCCCUGCCGAGCUUCGAGGAGCAGCCCCAACAGGUCCGCGACUUCCUGCUGUAUAAACACUGUCGCGACUUCCCGCUCUUACAAGACGUGCCACCGAGCAAGUGCGCGCUGCCCGUCUUCCUGCUGCUGGUCAUCAAGUCCUCGCCCGGCAAUUACGAGCGCCGGGAGCUGGUGCGGCGCACUUGGGGCCGCGAGCGCCAGGUGAAGGGCGUCCAGCUGCGUCGCCUCUUCCUGGUGGGCACGGCCCCUAAUCCCCUGGAGGCCCGCAAGGUCAACCGGCUGCUGGCAAUGGAGGCACGGGUGCACGGUGACAUCCUGCAGUGGGACUUCUAUGACUCCUUCUUCAACCUCACGCUCAAACAGGUGCUCUUCCUACAGUGGCAGGAGACUCAGUGCACCAAUGCCAGCUUCGUGCUCAAUGGGGACGAUGAUGUCUUUGCACACACCGACAACAUGGUCUCCUACCUGCAGGACCACGAUCCUGACCAACACCUCUUUGUGGGGCAGCUGAUCCACAACGUGGGCCCCAUCCGGAUUCCCUGGAGCAAGUACUAUGUGCCAAAGGUGGUGACGGAGGAGGAGCACUACCCACCCUACUGCGGGGGUGGUGGCUUCCUACUGUCCCGUUUCACGGCCGCCGCCCUGCGCCGGGCUGCCGCCACAUUAGAGCUCUUCCCGAUCGACGAUGUCUUCCUGGGCAUGUGCCUGAAGCAGGAAGGCCUGGAGCCCGCCUCCCACAGUGGUAUCCGCACAGCCGGUAUUACGGCCCCCUCGGCCCACGUGUCCUCCUUUGACCCCUGCCUCUACCGGGAGCUGCUGCUCGUGCACCGCUUCUUGCCGUAUGAGAUGCUACUCAUGUGGGAUGCGCUGAGCCAGCCCAACCUCACCUGCGGCAAGCAGACACAGAUCUACUAG